AUGAAGGAGUUGAAUACGCUAAUAGCUCUACAUGAGUAUACAGAUAGUUUUGUGGAGUUCUUCGGAUGGUACGAGGACGCUGCAGAAACCAUUCUCACUGCAUUUAAUAUCUUGCAUAAAAACAAGAUUUGUCACCGCGAUCUUAAGCCUCAGAAUGUACUUGUCGCAUCAAUAUCUCCGAUUAAAAUCAAGCUUGCCGACUUCAGUAUCGCGAAGUCAACUAGUCCUAAUGCGAGUAGGAUGAGAACUAUGAUUGGAACAGGCAAUUAUAUGGCUCCGGAGGUGCUAGGACUUAGCACAUACAGAAAGGCAGGAAGGUCAUAUACCCAGGCCGUGGAUAUGUGGGCUAUGGGCGUACUCACGCAUGAGCUAUAUACCGGGACGAUACCAUUCUCAGAAGCCGGAUACGGAUCCGGUGUCGAGAGCGGCGAUGAGGAGACACCAGGCAAUUUUCACAAUUACUCCACCAACAAUGGUGACAGUACUUACUACUCCGCAAAUACCUCUUUCAAUGUUCGAUUAAACUCGCCCGAAUUAGUAGAGUAUUGCAAAAAGGAAGGUGGAACAGUUUUUCCAGUGGCAGCCUUAACGGAAGCAAAUGCACCACAUUCAUUAUUAGACUUCAUAGAGUCUCUACUUUACCCCGACCCUCUCAACCGCCUCCCUGCCUCGAGAGCUCUUGAACAUCCCUGGAUUAUCGGGGCCAAAGCCUAG